GCCACCGUGAUCGAAACAAUCCUCAAAACAAUCGAUAAACCGUUUGGAUUAAAAUGGUUCAUGUUGAAUAAUCAUUUGAAUAUCUAAUGCAAAAGUGUUUCUUCGUGAUUAUUUGUUGUGUAAAAUAGUGCAAGGAAGUGAAUUACGUGUGCGCAAAUAGCGAUGGAGUUCCGAGGGUUCUACAAGAACGCCUCCCGUGGAAACCGUUUGAAGGAUGGCAACAACCAGCUGCUCAGAUCAAAAAGGGAAAGCUCCCGGCAGGAUUUGCAUUUCACAAACAGAAAUUUAAAUGCAUCCGAUGAUGAAAAUGACCACGAUGAGGUUUUCCAUCGGAAUGUCGUUAAACCGAGGCUGAGCAGCAGCGGUAAGAAACGUAGACGUUCCCAAAGGAACGAGGAGAAUAAGGAAAAUGAGUACAUGUCGAAGUAUGAGCAACGGCUGGCUCGGUUGAAGAAAUUCAAGGAGGAGCGAGCCAAGGCCAAACAAAAUACCGUUAAAAAGAAGCCGUUCGUAUCGGUGGUUUCGAAGACCAAUUUGGUCGAUAAAGAGUAUGAGAAGAACCUGUUCAAAAAAUCGGAAGAGGAACUGAAGAGAUUGGCUGAACAGAGGAAGUUGUUGACGCCAGCUGCAAAGCAUGCCACUCCUCGGGUUGAUACGCGCAGAAAAGAUCCGGUUACAAAUGAGAAGAAGCGUUCCAGGAGGAAUAUUCUCGCCGUUAAAACCCCAACUUCGAUCAAGCAUGCUAAACCGAAGGUGGAUACUUGGCGCAAAGGAACCACUCCUAUGCCAACGGAGAAGAAAGAGCCCAGGAGGGCAGGAGGCACGGGAACGGUGCCCAAAAUCAAAAAUAUUACUGCUAAGAAGACUUCGAAGGCGAUUGCACCAACGGCAACAGUUUUGUACAAAAAGGGGGAUGCAGCGACAGCUGGUUGCAGCGGCAAUAUGCGCUACUUGGAGGUUCGUUCGGGACAGAAGUCCAUGCAAUUUAUGUUUAAAUUCACCAAGGAUGGCAAAAUGGUCACAUCGACUAACCGCAAGAAGAACAAGAGCUUGGACAAGUUGAAUCGGCCAAAUGCACCGGAUUAUAUUGAAGUCCCGCGCUUCUCACCGAAGGUUAAUCUUAAUGAUGAUGAUCUCUUCGACGGUAUCAGUCCGAUUGACGUUGACACGCCGACCCCGAAGAAAAAAGCCCUGGAUUCGGAGGCCAUUGCCAUGAAGAAGCGUGAGACUAGACGGCGGUCGAUGGUUUUCACCGUGGAGGACGCUUGGGAACCGCAGGUGAUUACCAUUUCGGAUGAUGAUUCCGGAGUGGGAGCAGCCAUCAAUCCAGAAACACUUUCAAAGCUUAACGAAUCGUUUACGGUCGAAAUGAAAGAAGAAAAACUUCUUGAUCGGCGACCAACGAUCGACGAGACACCACCGAAGUCCGAUUCCCCCAAACUGAUAGGCAGUGGAAGGAAUUCAUGUUGUGGACGACCGUCGUUGGUGUUUGUGGAAGAAACCAAUGCUCCGGGUGUUCACAUUUCUGGCAUGGACUCGACCCAAGUGAUCAACAGGCGUAGUUCGUUGAUCUUCAAGGAGGAGAAGAUCGAUGAUCCCAAAAUUGCGACGAUUGAAAUUUUCGACUCGCCCAAAAUGAGUCCACGACGUCGAUCGUUAACCCCAAGAAUGAGUUUCGUGGAGGAAGACAUUCCGACAAUGACGAGGCCUCUUCCGGAAGGUAAUCUUGCUACGGUUCUUCUAAAUAAACAACAAGAACCAAAGCGUCGCAGCAGCGGCGGAAGCAGGCGUUCCUCGCUGGUCACCUUCCGCGAAGAAGAUCAACCUCCAUCUGACGUUCGCGAAAAAGUUGUCUUCUACUACAAUUUAGUGGAUAAGGAGUUAAAGCGACUGCAAGAGCUUUGUGAUUUGUACAAAGGGGAUCUCGAGAACGAAGAGAUCAAUGAAAACGGCAAGGGAUUGAUUAUUGCAGCUCAAGGCCAAACCAACAUUUUAAUCAAUAAGAAGCUUUCGAAGUUCAAAGAGCUAGUUGGUCACUACGAGCGCAAUUGGUCCGAUCAGAAGAUUCGAACGGACGACCUCGAUGGUUUCUGGCUAAUGGUGUCGCUGGACUUGGAAAAUCUGGACAGACGCUUCGAAGAAUUGCGACAACUAAAGGAGAACAACUGGCAGGAGAUUGUGGAACAGCCUAAAGCUAAAAAGAUCAAGAAUGGCGGUGGCAUCAAGAAGCGUGAGAAGAAACCCAUAAAGACCAAAGGCAGUGGACUUGCCGAUUUGAUCAAGAAGGCUCGCGAAGAAGCCAAGAAGAAAGUCAUGAUGGCAGCAGCACUUACGGAAACGGUUAAGGUGGUCACUCCGAUGAAACGUUCCGUACGGAUUGCUACCACUCCACGGCGAAGCAGCCUAAACCGGAAUAGCAUUUGUACCGGCUGCACCCCAACGCCCGGCAAGAAGUCCAGGAAAACAAUCUUCAACGAUCACACCCUCCGUAAACACGAGAUUGUUAAAUCGAUUUUGAAAACACCCAGCGAAAAGCGUCGCGCCAAGAGCGUCCUAUUCUUGGAUUCCGGCAUGGACACACCGGAGGCACGUCCAUCUGGCGCUGGACGCAAAAUAGUUCACACUCCAAAACCCAAAAUCACCUUCAACGAUGACCUGGAGGUGGAAGAUGUGGAAACGAUCUCGCUCAACACCCCGCACAAGCUGGACGAUGAGAUCUGGAAACGUCGGUGCAGUUCACUCUUUCCAAAAGAGCACCAGCAGGAACAGGAAGAAGAACCGGAACAGUCAAAGCCAAGGCGGCGAAGAACCUUACGGUUUUCUGUGAAAGCUGCCGAGGAAGAGGAAGAAGCUCGAGAUCAGAUAUGCUCGCCGGUGAAAAUCGACAACGGCAAGAAAGACAAAGACAGGCGAACGCGAGGCAGAAGCAAAGACCGAGUCUCAUUUCUAUAAGACUUCUACAUUUGGACUUAUUUAAGUUUUAGUUUUGCCACUUGAUUUUUAUUUCACGAUUUGUUUAUAUCUAGUACCUUUCCAACACGCUCUAUU